AAAAACAUACUAACUUCCAUUCCGAAGCCCUUAAAAGGCUAAACUGUGCAAUUUCUCAUCUGAUUAUUCGAUCUCGCGAAUCCCUCCGCCGCCGCAAUGGGUUCCUCCGGCAAACGACGCCGCCGAUCUUCAUCACAAUCCUCCGAUUCUAACACCGACUCCGAAUCCGACUCAUCUCCACCACCUAACCGCCGUCACCGCCGUAGCAAAACCCUAGACCGCCGCCGCAGCAGAUCGAGAAAUCACGACAGUAGUAGCGAUAGCCACGAUGACGAACGAGAGCCAAAGAAGACAAAAAAGACGAAAAUCACUGAUGAAGAGAUAGCUUUAUAUUUAGCUAAAAAAGCACAAAAAAAGGCAAUGAAAGUAGCUAAGAAGUUGAAAUCAACUCAGAAACAAGUUUCCGGUUACUCUAACGAUUCAAAUCCAUUCGGAGAUUCAAAUCUUAACGAAAAUUUCGUGUGGCGUAAGAAAAUCGAACGUGACGUUACACGUGGCGUACCACUGGAUAACUUCUCUAUAAAGGCUGAGAAACAAAGGCAAAAAGAAAGAAUGGCUGAAAUUGAAAAGGUUAAGAAAAGGAGAGAAGAAAGGGCUAUUGAAAAAGCCCAAAGAGAAGAGGAAUUACAGUUAUUAGCCCGAGAACGGGCCCGGGCUGAGUUUCAAGAUUGGGAGAAGAAAGAAGAAGAGUUUCAUUUUGAUCAGAGCAAAGUUAGGACCGAAAUUAGACUUAAACAGGGUAGGGUUAAGCCUAUUGAUGUACUUAUUAAGCAAUUAGAACCGAAUGGUGAGUUUGAUGUGGAGAUAGAAGAGCCUUAUGUUGUGUUUAAAGGUUUGGGUAUUAAAGAAAUGGAAGAAUUAAAAGAGGAUAUUAAGUUGCAUAUUGAUUUAGAUAGGGAAACGCCGUUGCAUACACAGUAUUGGGAAGCGCUUUUAGUGGUUUGUAAUUGGGAAUUAGGUGAAGCUAAGAAAAGGGAAGCAAUGGAUAAAGCGCGAGUAAGGGGUGAGGAAUUACCGGGUGAAUUAGAAGAGAGGGGAUUGCAUUCGAGUAUUGAAACGGAUGUUAAGUCGUUGUUGGAAGGGAAAGGGUAUGGUGAGUUAGAAGCAUUGCAGUUGCAGAUCGAGUCACAAAUGAGGUCUGGUACUGCUAAGGUGGUGGAGUAUUGGGAAGCUGUUCUUAAACGGCUUCAGAUUUAUAAGGCUAAGGCUUGUUUGAGGGAAAUUCACGCGAAAAUGCUGCGUAAGUAUCUUGAGCAUCUUGAGAAACCAUUGGAGAGAGGUGAUGUAGAGGUGGAAGAAGAGACAUUGAGGAUUAAUGAGGAAGACGUGGAUCAUGAGCAAAAUGAUGCUCGAGCUAUGUCUCCGGAACCGUUCUUGAAUGAGGAGGCUAAGGAGAAAGAGGAGGAGGAGGAAGAAGAGGAUGAUGAUGCAGGUUCUUAUUCGCCUGUGUUAAUGCACGGGGAUGAUAAAGAAGAAGCAGUUGAUCCUGAAGAGGACAGGGCAAUACUCGAGAGGAAACGUAUGGCUGUUUUGGAAGAGAGACGUGCCCAAGAUAAGGUUUUACCACCACCAACUCCUGCGGAAGACAACUUUGAGAAGAAGGUUUCUAAAAGUAUGGGAGCAAUGGAGGAAGGGGAUGCAGUAUUUGGCUCAAAUGACGAAAUUAAUCUUGAUUCGCAGGUGUACUGGUGGCAUGACAAGUAUAGGCCAAGGAAACCAAAGUAUUUCAAUCGUGUUCAUACUGGUUAUGAAUGGAACAAGUAUAAUCAAACUCAUUAUGAUCAUGACAACCCACCUCCAAAGAUUGUGCAAGGAUACAAAUUCAAUAUCUUUUAUCCUGAUCUUGUUGACAAAGCAAGAGCUCCAACUUAUGUCAUAGAGAAGGAUGGAGAUAGUGCUGAUACUUGCAUCAUAAAAUUCCAUGCUGGACCUCCUUAUGAGGAUAUAGCUUUCCGAAUUGUUAACAGAGAAUGGGAGUACUCCCAUAAAAAGGGGUUCAAGUGCAUAUUCGACCGAGGAAUUCUGCAUUUGUACUUUAACUUCAAACGUCACCGAUACCGUCGUUGAUGAGCCUCGAGAAGCACAUAGGUUGUUGCAAAGCUCAGCGUUUUGUUAUUUAUUUCUUGUUUAUGUAUUUGUUAGGCCCGCUUGUAUGUGAUGUUCAUUCAUGAAGGAAGAAUUAUGUCAACUGGCUCUAAAGUGUGUGAUACAAAUCCGGAGUUCUUCUGAUUAACUUAUGCUAAUGCUGAAGUGGAGUCACUGUUGGCUGAAAGGUUAGCCUUUUCAGUCUUCCUUGUAUUAGUUUGCAUACACUGUAACUUACGUUAAGCUAAUGAUUUCCAUUUCCUCCAAUAUUUUGAGCUGCAGUCUGAUAAAUUUAGAGAGAUAUGAAUGUCUUGGUAGA